AUGACCCCCCCUUCCAACUCCCAGAGUCCUUCUUCCCGUCCAGAUGCAACGCUACCAGGUAUCCAGGGCGUGGUGGAGGCCUACCAGGCCUGCCUCCCCAAGCUGCAGCUCUACGGCCCCACCAACAUCGCCCCCAUCAUCCAGAAGGUGGCCAACACCGCCUCGCAGGAGGUCCACACCAAAGAGGCCAUGCAAUACUUCAUCCUGCUGAUCCUGACGGACGGCGUCAUCACCGACAUGGCGGACACGAGGGAGGCUAUCGUCCAGGCGUCCCACCUCCCCAUGUCCGUCAUCAUCGUCGGGGUUGGGAGCGCCGACUUCAGCGACAUGCAGAUGCUGGACGGCGACGACGGGAUUCUGCGAUCGCUCAAAGGAGAGCCCGUCCUCCGGGACAUCGUCCAGUUUGUCCCCUUCCGCAACUUCAAACAC